GAGGCCUGAUCCGGGCGGGUGAGGCCGGGAGCGGAGACUGGUUGAAGCCGUGAGGAGGAGGCGCUGUGACCCCCCCCCCCCCCCCCGCUGUGGGCAGACACUGAGCCCCGGUCUGGGCUACACUGUAGCUGUGAGGGGGAGAGGCGCUGCGCUGCUCCACUGUCCUAACGCCUUCUGUUGGGCACUUCUUGAUGCCCAGUGGUUUGGAGACGGUAGAGAAUGGCGGCAGAUGCAGCAAGAGUGGCUCGGAUAGUGAACGAGGCGGUGGAGGAAGGCAGCAGCUCCCUUGAUCUGGGGAACUGCAAAUUAAAUAUCUUUCCGGUGGCUCUGUUUAAAGUCAUGAGGAACAUAAAAGAGAAUAUCCACUAUAUUUCCCUGGCAAACAAUGAGAUGAAGUCUGUCACGAGUGAAUUCAUCUCCAACUUCAAACAGUUACGAGAGUUAAACCUGGAGGGUAACUCCCUGAAGCAGCUCCCUGAUGCAGUGAUGUCUUUGAUGCACUUGACGGCCAUUAAUCUGGCGAGGAAUAAGUUCUCCGUCUUCCCAGAGCAGCUCACGGAGGUGAAGACACUAGAGAACAUCAACCUGGAGGAGAAUCAGAUCGUGGAGGUGCCUGUGGAGAAGAUUAGGUCUUUGCCAUCCCUGAAGAUCCUCAACCUGAAGUCUAACCCUUUGAGCACAGAGGCCUUAGCCAUGUGUCAUUCAGACUCUCAACAUCAUAUCCUGACAGUCACAGAUCAAAAAGCACAAUAAUAAUCCUUGCAUUUGAUAUAGCUCCUUAUCACAUCUU